AUGAAUCACAAGAUUGUUAUUUUUGGAGGAUUGUUUUUUGCUGCUUAUCUAGCCUGUAGUGAGGCUCCAUUUGCUAAAAUGACAAAUGCCGUCUGUAAAUCGUACAACAAAUCAUGGGUUGUUAUUCAUUAUUGCCGCCUGAAGGCUUUUUCUCGAAACAAGACUAGCUUGAAUGUAAAUGCCACGUUUAUUGAGCCAGCCUAUAAUAUAUCCCUUCAUAUGAAGAUGCUGAAGAAGGCCAGUGGAUAUAAGCCGUUUUUAUUUGAUUAUACCUUCGAUGCUUGCGAGUUUAUGAAAAGACGACACCAGCCCUUUGCCAAGAUCGUCUGGAAUCUGAUCAAGGAUGUAUCGACAGUGAACCACACCUGUCCUUAUGUGGGCUUGCAAAUGGUUAGCGAUUUCCAUCGCAUUGAUGUUCCUGUUGGUCUACCAACUGGAGAAUACUUACUUUUACUGGAUUGGAUAUUCGAUGGUAAACCACAGUUCGCUACAAAUGUUUAUUUUACAUUUGAAGAGGAUUUAUUUACAAAAAAACCAACUCACGGAAAGAGGCAAAACAGGUUCUCAUUUAAAAACCACUAA